CUGGUUAAGACGCAUACGCAUUGUUGUUUUGGUAGACGGAUAGUGACCAACUCGAUGUCAUGAUGGCAUGCUAUUCUAUGUAUGUCUAUGUGUGUGCUAGAAAUUAGAGACGACGAGUCUGCCGUUUCUUGUUGUUGCUGGCGUACCGAUUCUUGACGUUGACAUCUGAACACUUAGUUGCUUGCCUCUAGGUGGUGUAAAGCAACGGAAAGAUGAAGAUGGGUCUUGGCUUUGCGAACAAUUGAAGCACAUACGACUGGAAGACGACGGCAUUAACGAUGCGUCUGGGUGUCGUCCAUUAAAUACUGCAGAACGGAGGUCAUAAGUAACAAAAUGGGCCUGGGCGUCGUCAACCCCAACCCGUAUUCGGGGAUGGGUCUCGAUUAUUUUCCAAUGUACUGCCCAAUGCUUGCUUGCAACACGACCUAUGCUGUGUACGAGCGGCCGGAAGACCAGCCGCGCUACAUCGAGAACACAGGCAUGAACGGCUUUGUCCGAGUGAUGUUCAUUCUAUACCAAUUCGCGAUUCGUGAGCGAGUGCAGGUGGACGACAGCUUUUUCUACGCGUUCCGCGCCUUGGCAGUGCUCGCGGAGGCGGUUCGCCUGAUGGUGUGCAGCAUGCGCUUCGAGUAUUGUGCCGGAAGUAGCAGCUUGGAGGUUUUCAAUCGGUCCGACCCUUUUGCGGGUUAUGCGGCGCAUGAUUACCACACUUUCAUGCGCAACGAAGCAUGCACGAUGGCCAGCAAUGCGUUUGUCGUACUGCAUAAGCACCUAGACGGAGUCUUGGCGCCGCUGGCGGACGGUACGAUAGACUACUGCCGCGAGCUGUUUCUACAGCGCAGCUUUUCGGACAUGCUUCUGAAGUUAAGUCGAGCAGAAAUAUUUUGUGUUGGUCUAAGUUUUACUUGGUCUGGCAGCAUGUUCAUUUUCUAACUUAACCCUGCUGGAUGGCAUCUAUUGAUUGUGUUUUUGUUCUUGUACAGAGGCAACAGCAUUCUUUUACAUGAAAUCUAUGUCUACUUCUGGGCUUCAUUCAUUGAAAAUGAAGAUGAUUUACUCUAACGAAAGUGCCAAGCUUGUUGCUGGAUUCCAUCGUUCGCAAGGUGACGCAAGGGGAUGGCUCCUUGAGUAGCCCAGACUCUGGGCUUGUGAAGCCACUAGGCAAUGACAACACGCGUUUCGACUUUGAGAGUUUUUUCACUGAUUCCCGCUUCUACUGGGACGUGCCCUACGACGCGCAACGCUUUUCGCAUAUCCGCUACCCCACCUUGUGGUCGCCGCAGAAAAUCUGCAAGCCUGGGCGUUUUGAGCAAGUGAUUCCGGGGUAUCGCGCGCCGUUGAUCAAAUGGCAAUACAUCGUGCGGCUGCAUCCAGACGGGUGGGCCAUCAAUUUUGGAGCAGCUGACGGUGCGUGUGGUUUAAACGGGGAUUGGAACCACGACCCAGCAAAUUGCUUAUUGCGGCAAGGCCGCUCUGGUAUUGUCAUCGAAGGGGACGACCGCAGGUUAGUCGAUCUAAAUACCACUUUCGGGAAUCGGACAGACAUUUUCCAGUAUAGUCGCGCCUUGCCUUUAGAAGACGUGCAGGCUGAGAUGCGUCUACAGGUGGAACGGGAACACGAACGACGCAGAAACAAGACGCUCCAAAAGAACAACGUGCGGCAGCUGGAUGCACUCGGAGCAACCAUUUCAGAACCGCGGGGAGCAGGAAGUGGACAGUUUACAAUUAGCGUGGGAAAAGGACAGGCAGAAAUGCCAGUGAUAGGAGGGGUUCGGGUCAAAACGGUGCCGCAGAAGGCCUCUGGAAAUUUUGAUUAUGCGCCUGUCACCGCGUACUCUCCUGAGCCUAGCGAUGUUGAUCCAGCCUUGGUCAAAAUGGACAUUGACAACGCGGAUUGCAGAUAUUUAGACGCCGCCCUGGAAGUGGUCCGACCCUUGGUCAUUUUUUUCGAGAUUGUCGCGGACAUCCCGCCACCGUUUGACUACCGGGAGAAGUACCGCCCGCCCUACUCUCCGGCCCCGAACCACAUGCCGGGGUGUUCGGUGCAGGCAUUUGUGAAUAUCGGUCGCGUACAUGGCUACACGCUGACGGAAGUCUUGUUGGAAGACGCCGUGCUCGUCCGAGACGACUGGCUGCAUGUGGGCCGCAGUGAGGACGUCUAUGGCAUGCCAGUGGAUGCGAGCGCCUCUACGGCUUUCCUGACAGACGAGGUGGAGAAUGCGAUGUGGGCCAAGGUGGCAGCUAAGAGUGCUGCCAAAGCGAAGCAAAGCAGGUACGAGGAUGCAGAGAGGAAUCUCGAAAGUUCCUCAUCCUCUGCAGGUGGCAGCGGGUCAGAAGCGGAGGAAGAGGCGAACUUCCACACAGAGGCGUCCCUGCAGGCAAGGGCAGAUGCCGCGCAACAAGUAGUUGUACCAGAGGACCAGGAGGAAGUUUCUGCGCCGGAGAGAUCGCGUGCGGAGCUAAGUAUGGGUCAGCCGGCGGACGAGGCACCUGAGACCUCCCUCUCGGUCGCACCAGCAACACUGGCCGAUAGCGUGCUUUCUGCACGCACAGACAAGGUUAAGACUGGUUUUUCAUCAUUCGGCGUGAAGCUCUCUGGCGGGGCUCCUCUUAGGAGGUCAAUAGCACUUGCGGGGAACCCCUCGAGUCAGAAGAAUGAAAGGCCACCGCUAACAAGGAAACGCUGUUCGCGAAGAUAAGACCGCUCAGUGGCAUGGAGCUCAAGAGAGGACAAAAGCCAGCAAAAGACGUUCCCUACGGCUUCCCCUUCUACGACGCGCGAACUGGGAACGGCCGAGUGUAUCUGCAUCCCCUGCUAUAUUGCCAAUUUGGCACUGCAGUGCAGGAAAAGCUGUCGGCAGACCCGAAAAAAAUGCACCAUGUGAGCAGCACUAGUGGAGAUCAAGAGGAUACUUCUCAGGCCUCUCGACCCAGUUGGUUGCGACGAUCUUUGGCUGAGUGCUACCGAGACUUGAGUGUCGUGGCUCUCUAUGGUGACGGUUUCUUCUGUCAUCCGAAGCAAAAGUGGGUUGUGCGACCGGAAAAAGAUGUUUUUGACUGGUCUCUUCUCAUGGACCAGUCUAUGAAUUUGGAAAAACGGGCAGGCCUUAUUCACGAGGUGACACGUGCGCGCAGGUGGAAAGCCGGUUUGAGAGGGCCAGCACUAGAAGACAACUCCGCAUACACCCUUCACUGGCCGGAAUAAACUUUUUUGGUUUCCUCGGUAGUAUAUCUUUAUCUGGUCGUGAACUUGAACUGUGGAAAUUCUCUCUCGUUGGCAUUGCAAUGUUAGAACAGAGUUAUAUAUCGUCGGACGCUUCAUAUUUUUUCCGCUUGAGAAUAUUGACAUCGCAUAGGAAAAUCUCGGAGUCGGACAUUCUGUGGUACCGGAAAGUAUCUGGAAUUGUUGGACAAGUAGAGUCGAGUGGAUCCCGUUCGUCCAUACCGCAAUCGGCCUCGG